CUCCCACCGCACCCUAACAUUGUUACCCUCCAUCGCGCGCUUGAGACGUCUGGAUUUCUCUUGCUCGUCCUCGAGUAUGUCCCAGGCGAGGAUUUGUACUAUUUCCUUGAGCAGGCCCGUGAUCAUUACGAACCUGAACCACCAUCUUCUGGUAUGUGCGAGGCAGUUGCCGUGUGUCAUGACGUCGGCGUAUAUCACCGCGAUAUUAAACCGGAAAAUUUCAUUGUCACCGAUGGUUGGGAGGAUGAUGGUGAACGACGUGCUGUCGUCGUGAAGCUCACUGAUUUUGGGUUGAGCACCCGCGAUGCGGCGAGCAGUGAUAUGGACUGUGGAAGUGCCCCGUACAUGAGCUAUGAGUGCCGCAAUAAUUGUGCACCUACUUAUGCACCUCGCGCGGCGGAUGUGUGGAGUCUUGGGAUUGUGUUAAUAAAUAUGUACGUAUUUUUUUCAUCGACUUGUCUGAUUUACAAAGUGAUCUAA